UCUGUUUUUUUUUUCUUUCCUCCUCGUCCUCGCCCGUUAUUUUCUUUUCUGUGAUGUUUCCUCGCUCGUCGCCAUGGACGUGAGGAGCAUCCCGGGCAAAUGUUUGCCGCUCGUCUUCGCCGGCUUGUCGCUGGACGUCGUCGGCCUGACGCUGCUGCUGGUCGGCGUGUUCGCGGACGUGCGCGCGGCCGACGGCCAGUUCUAUGGUGACUUCCUCAUCUUCACGGGCGCCCUCAUCAUCUUCAUCAGUUUGGGCUUCUGGGUCAUGUGGUACGCGGGCAACGCGCGCGUCACGCCGGACGACGGGCGCGACACCCGCCGGGCGGCCGGCCUGGCGGAGCGCCUCGUCCGCAAGCUGACCGAGAGGCUCAGCCGAAAGAUGGCCUCGACGACGGGCGCGAGCACGGCCAUUGACGCGCGCUCGCACGACGGGGAGCUGGCGGGAGACACGAGGCCUAACCGAGCCAGCAGGGUCACGUGGGGUAAGGCCACCGCCGACAAGGAAAUGGACCUACAGAACUACAACAACAAUCUAGGAUACCGCCGGGAAAACUACAACACGGGAGACGACCGGGAAAGAUACCACGAAGGAUACGAUAAUGAAGCGUACACAAAGGAAAACUACGAUGGCCAGGACGGACACGACAAACAAGAAAAAUAUGGCAAUAAAGAAGUAUACAACCAUGAAAACUACAAAGAGGAAGGAUAUGACAAUGAAGGCUGUGAUGAGGUCGUGGACAGUGACAACAAAGAUGAAGGCGAACAACUGUGAUGUUACAAGACUUUUAACAACAACCCUUAAUAACUGCUGGAACUAGUAACAACUACAAAAACGACUGAGGAAAACCACAACAGAGCACGGAAUAAUGAAGGAUACAAGAAUGAAAAGUACAACAACAAAGAAGCAUCCAACCAUGAAGGCGACAGUUGUGGAUAACAAAAGACAACGUCACGUGAUGCAGUCAAAAGUCAUCAGGCAGGACCGGAACAAGUCGGCCCAGCGCAGGAAUGAAGACGGGCUACUUGACGAACCGGUCCUCCCGCUCCAGAAUUCUUCAGGAGUCGUGUGAGGAGCGCUGCCAGCGUCAAAGCAGCCCGUUCGGCCUCCGCUCGUCUCGCUUCGGCCA